AUGAAGGAGCAUUUUGAUCUACACAACAAGAGUGGAAUUGACCGCUCGGCACGAUCUCUUCGCUCCCGGUGGUCGACAAUCAACCAAGAUUUUCAAAAGUGGGCGGCCGCACAAAAGGCGGUUGACAAGUUGAACCCAAGUGGCACUAAUGAUAUAGAUAGGGUAAGUGCCAUUUCAUCCAUGUUCGUCAUGCUUGUUCUUGGUGUUUGUAGUGCUAACUUGUUUUGUUUUUUUGUAGUUCAAUAUUGCACAAAACAUGUUCAAAGGAGAGGAGAAGAAGAGCAAGAAAGGGAGACCAUUUACCUUGCCUCAUUGCUAUGA